AUGGGCGUCUUGCCGACCGAGACAAAAGCAAACGAUGUGGAAUUAAAUUCCCAGCCGGAGGAAAUUGAUCGCAAAGUCGAGAAAUCUCUCUUGCGACGGCUGGACAUUGUCCUACUUCCUACACUUGCUCUCCUCUACUUAACGCAUACUCUCGACCGAGCAAACAUCGGAAAUGCAAAGAGUGGCACGCUCGAAGCCGACCUCGAUCUGCACGGCAACCAGUUCUCGCUCGUUCUGAUAUUAUUCUACAUCCCGUAUGCGCUAUUCAACAUACCUGCGACCGUGCUCUCCAAACGACUCAAUGCAGCCGUCGUCAUUCCAAUCCUAGUCAUUGGGUGGGGAAGUUUGGCCAUGAUUACGGCGGCAGUCAAGAAUUUUGGCGGACUCCUGGCCUGUCGAGUCAUCCUGGGCAUGAUGGAAGCGGGCUUCAUGCCUUGUGCGACAUUCUACUGUACGCUGUUCUACACGAGAAAGGAGCUCGGACUGCGACUGUCGCUAUUCUUAAUGAUGGGGUUUAUUGCCGGCGCUAUUAGCGGUUUGAUCUCUUGGAGCGUGUUCCAAUGGAAUGGAAAACUCACAGGAUGGCAAUACCUCUUCCUGAUCGAAGGAGCAAUGGGCGUCGCAGUCGGUGUAUGGGCCUUGCUCUGGCUUCCUCGCAGUGUGCAAUCCUCGCGAUUCUUCACCGACGAACAAAAGAAAUGCGCCGGGCAGCGGAUGGCGCUCGAGACAGAAGAUUUCUCCUGGAUCGAGGGUCUGCAAGCCCUGAAGGACUGGAAGAUUUGGGUCUUUGCAUUCUGUGCACUGCUGUACGGGGUUGGCGUUGCCAGCAGCUCUAACUUUCUCCCUGUCAUGAUCAAACGUCUCACCGACGACGCCGUCCAAGCAAAUCUCUACACAAUAGGCCCCAAUUUGACCGCAGCCGCCAUCCAGCUAACAACGUGCUACCUUUCGGACCUGACGCAGCAGCGGGCCUGGUUCUCCAUUGGCCCCAUAAUCGUCUCCAUGAUCGGCUGGAUUCUCCUCGGCUCCCUGGACCUCGUCACGCACGUCAAAGUUGGCUACUUUCUGACAUACCUCAUCACAUUCGGAACCUUCACGCCCGGCCUGCUCGUGCCUGCAUGGGUAGGCACAAACACGCCGUCGACAUCCACCCGCGCCAUAUCUUUAGGUCUGCUUGCCAUGUUCCAGAAUCUCGGAGGAAUUGUGUCCUCGGGGGCGUACCGAGCGCAGGACGCACCGAUUUACCGACCGGCGUUGACUACCGUGUUCGCGUGCCAAGCUGUUUUUGUGGUUAUUUGCUUCAUCAUGAGAGUUCAGUAUAAGCGAAUGAACCAGCGAUUGGAGGCUGGUAUGCCAUUAGAGGGAGAGGAGAAGAUGCGCGGCACGAUGGAACCGGGAUUCCGGUAUAUGUUGUAG